GCAGGUCUCCUCCUUCAAGCAGAAGAUCGCCGGGAAGUCCCCCCCCACUGAGAAGUUUGCUAUCCGCAAAGCCAGGCGCUACAAAGCCAGUGAGCACGUCCCCUUGCCGGUGCCGGCGCUGGAGAUGAUGUACAUGUGGAACGGAUUCACAGUCCUGCGCAAGCAGCAGGAACUGCUCGAGGGCACGCUGAGCACGCUGACGCAGGCGGAGAAGCAGCUGCAGGAAGCGCCAGGUAACACGCUGACGCGACGGGGAAUACAAGCAGGGAUGGGUAUGUGGGAGUCAAGCAUACACAGCGAGAAGAGGAUCCGCUACGACCACUACUUGGUCCCCAACGCACUACUGGAGCUCAGCCUGUUGUACGUGGGGCAAGGCCGGAACGAAGAGGCCGUGCGGCUUCUUCGCAGGGCCAAGAGCAACUACAAGAAUUACUCAAUGGAGUCACGGACGCUCUUUCGGAUCCACGCGGUGUUGUCCAAACUCAAAGCCCCCCAGGAAGAAAACGAUGCCAACGGAGCCACGCCUUCCUAG